AUGCCUUUGGAGGCUUUCCGUGAUUCAAACAGACCAUACCCAAGGUCUCUAAUUUUACCUGCUAAUGGGAGCGGAGCUAAUUUGGAGGCUUUAGUCUCGCGCAACUUGCUCAGAGACGAAGAACGCAUGAAUCCAAUUCCCCACAUUGCAGAACUAAAUCCAAAUUUUGGUCCAAACAGUCAUGGCAUCCGUAAUAUGGAGCCUUACAUCAGCCUGCCUUCAACCUCCAUGUCAUUUUCUGGCAACAGCUGUAUGAAUAUUUUUCAAAAUGAUGAUACGUUUCCUCAUUUAUUUCAAGACGAACAGAAGGAGAAAAAAAAGCAGCAGCCAGGAAAUUUUAAAGGUCCUAAAGAGCUAUGCAAGACGAAACCGAACUGUCGGGCUUCAUCUUAUGCUAAAGUAAAGAAGGAGCGUGGCCCUCUUACACCAAGCCCAAAGAAAAAAAGAGUAGAUCGUAAUCAAGAGAACAUCCAGCAGCAGCAGGAGGUUAUUGAUAAAAUAUUGUGGAACGAGUUUCAAGCCCGUAAUACACUGAUAACAUCAAUGGUUGAGAAAUAUGGGCUUCAGAAUGAGCUGCAAAAGCCGAUUUUACAUUCAACUCCCCAGUUCAGGGGGUUUAAUUUGUCGCCACCGAAGCAGAUAAAAUCAUUAGAGAAGGCCAUCGAUUGA